AAGGGAAGCCGGGGGCUGGCCGGAAGCGGGGCGCCGGCGGUUGCGCUGAGGGGAGCUCGGCGGGGAGGUGAGGAUCGGCGGCUCCCCGCGGACCGCGGGCUCCCGGUGGGGCUGUCCCCUUCGCCGGGUAUUUUCGUCUGGCAAAGAUGGGUGAACCUCAGCAAGUGAGUGCCCUUCCUCCGCCUCCAAUGCAAUAUAUAAAAGAAUAUACUGAUGAAAACAUCCGGAAAGGCCUGGCUCCAAAGCCACCUCCACCUGUGAAAGACAGUUAUAUGAUGUUUGGUAAUCAGUUUCAAUGUGAUGAUCUGAUUAUUCGACCUUUGGAGAGCCAGGGUAUUGAACGGCUACAUCCUAUGCAGUUUGAUCACAAGAAGGAAUUAAGAAAACUUAAUAUGUCUAUCCUGGUCAACUUUUUGGACCUCUUGGAUAUCUUGAUAAGGAGUCCAGGGAGUAUAAAGCGAGAGGAGAAACUGGAAGACUUGAAACUGCUUUUUGUUCAUGUCCAUCAUCUUAUAAAUGAGUAUCGCCCUCACCAGGCUAGGGAGACACUGAGAGUCAUGAUGGAGGUGCAGAAACGUCAGCGUUUGGAAACAGCAGAGCGAUUUCAGAAGCACUUAGAGCGAGUUGUAGAGAUGAUUCAGAACUGCCUGGCUUCCUUGCCUGAUGAUCUGCCUCAUUCAGAGGGAGGACUGAGAGUGAAAACAGAAGCAAUGGAUGCUGAUGAUGGCAGCAACUGUAUUGGACAGAGCGAAAAGCAGAGAGAGCGUUCUGGUGGCAAGAGAGACCAGGUUUUAGACAAAGAUGCAGCGAUGUGUAGCAUUAUUGAUGAAAUGACAUGAAGAAAACACUUUUUUUUUUUUUUAGCUCACCAUAGUGAGAGGCAGAAUGAAUUCUGAGGAUAUAUGUUGUAUUUUGUUUUGCUGUAGUACAAGCACACAAAACAUUUAUUGUACACCUGUUGGAGGUUGUGAGUGACUAGGCAGAUGAAAAUGUUUAAUAUUUUGUGAGCUGUGCGUUUAUUGGUAGAAACAAAAGAGCAUACUUUUUGUUAAAUGUAUCAUGUGAGGUGGUAGCCACAGAUUAAAGUUAGUUUUUUCUGUUGUACUUUCAUUUGUCACUUUCUGCUUUUUUUGGGUAUGCUUUGUUUUUGUUUUGUUUUUUUUAAAUUGCUUUAUAGUGUGGAAGCAAGGCAUCUGACUGAGAGGAAUUGUAGCUGACAGUUCCUCCAUUUCAAAUAAGUGCUAGUUGUUUACAAUUUCAGUGGGUCCUUUCAGGAAUGUGUAACUUGAUAGUAAAAAUAAAAUUAGUGUAAAGUCUGCAAAA